GAGUAUAUCGCGAACAUAGUACUAAAAGUCGUACUUUCGAUAACACGUUAUUUACUGACCUGUAUUAACCAUGUCUGUGCGUCACCUACCUCCUGAUUUGGCAGAAAAAGCCAGGGUUGAAUUAAACGAAGAUCCGAAGCGAUUGCCAAGUGAUAUCCAACAUUUGAAAGAUUGGUUGGCCAAGCAGCCACAUUUGAAGGCUCGAACAGACGACCAAUGGUUGGUGGCAUUUCUCCGAGGUUGUAAGUAUAGUUUGGAGCGGGCCAAAGAGAAGAUAGACCUGUUCUAUGCCAUACACAGUACAGCUCCAGAAUUGUUCAGGAUUAACCAUAAAAACCCAAGGUUUUUUGAAAUUUUGGAUUUAGGAUCUAUUAUAUUUAUCCCGAGCAGUGGAGAUCUUACAAAACCAAAAAUAUGUUUGGUUCGGCCCGGUGCAUACGAUGCUAAUAAAUAUAAUAUAAUGGAAAUUAUGUCUGUCUCGCUACAAUUACAGAAGAUCAUGAUGUGGGAAGAUGACCAAGCGAUAGUGUCUGGAGUCAGUAGUAUUCUGGACUUGGAUAACGUAACUAUGACGCAUUUCCUGCAAAUGACUCCGAUGGUGAUGAAGAAAAUGGUCGUGACGUCUCAGGAUGCAACUCCAUUUAGAGUAAAGGGUACACAUUAUUUAAACACACCUCCGGGAUUUGAAGUAGUUUUCAAUGCUAUGAAGGUUUUGCUUAACGAGAAAAAUAGAAGCAGGCUGUAUGUACAUAACAAGAAUUACGAAGAAAUGUAUAAGGUUAUACCAAGGGAACAGUUACCAACAGAAUAUGGAGGAAAUGCAGGCUCAAUCAAGGAUAUAACUGAUUAUUGGAAGAAAAAGGUUCAAGAGUACAGUGCCUUUCUAGACGAAGAUCUGCAGUAUGGAUCAGACGAGCUCAAACGGCCGGGGAAGCCCAAGACUGCAGAAACUAUGUUCGGGGUUGAGGGCUCUUUUAGACAACUCGAAAUACGCGCCCUAAGUCCUGAAUUGGCUGAGAAGGCGCGAAUUGAGUUAAAUGAAGACCCGAAAAAAGUAAAGGACGAUAUACAGCAUCUAAAGGAGUGGUGCGCUAAACAACCCCAUUUGAGAGCAAGGAUAGAUGACCAAUGGCUGCUGGUGUUUCUCCGAGGAUGUAAGUUCAGCUUGGAGCGAGCGAAAAAGAAGAUAGAUCUGUAUUACACCUUCCGAUCAGCUGCGCCUGAGUUCUUUGUUAUCAAACAUAAUCAUCCUAAGUUCCUCGAGGUUCUAAAUUUAGGGGCAAUGGUGGUGUUACCCAAAACAUGGGGUCCCGAUACUCCCCUAAUCACUAUUGUGAGGUUUGGUAAACUCGAUCCAAAUAAGUACAACGUUUUGGAUUUCGCUGCCACUUCGACUAUUAUACAGAAAAUAGUGCUUUACGAGAAUGACAAUGCGUCUGUCGCCGGUAUCCGAGGAGUGAUGGACAUGGAAGGCACAUCGAUGGCGCAUUUCAUGCAGAUGACUCCAAUGCUGAUGAAAAAAAUGACUGUCUUUUCACAGGACGCCAUGCCGAUCCGCAUGAAAGGUUUUCACUAUUUAAAUACUCCACCAGGGUUUGAGACUGUUUUCAACUUCAUGAAAGGAUUUUUAAACGAGAAAAAUAAAAGCAGACUAUUUGUGCAUAAUAAAAACUACGAAGAAAUGUAUAAAGUGAUUCCUAAAGACAUUUUGCCAGCAGAAUACGGUGGGAACGGUGGAACAUUAGCGGAGAUCAUAGAAUAUUGGAAGAAUAAAGUGCAACAAUACAGUGAUUGGUUAGAUGAAGAAGAAAAUUUUGGAGUAGACGAGUCGAAGCGGCCGGGCAAGCCAAAGACUGCAGAGGAAUUAUUUGGUGUUGAAGGUUCUUUCAGACAACUGGAAUUUGACUAAAUAAAAUUUUGCGAGGU